AUGGGGAGAGGGAGGGUUGAGUUAAAGAGGAUCGAGAACAAGAUAAACAGGCAGGUGACGUUCGCCAAGAGGCGGAACGGGCUGAUGAAGAAGGCUUACGAGCUCUCCGUCCUUUGCGAUGCCGAGGUUGCCCUGAUCAUCUUCUCCAACCGCGGCAAGCUCUUCGAGUUCAGCAGCAACAGGUGACCAAACUCCUGGGCUCCCCCUUUGCCCCUCCAUGCCUAUCUUAUCUCAUCCUACAAAAGAAAAUACGAUUAUAGUUUCUGUGUUUCGCCGGAGAAAUAAAUAAUCGGCUGAUUAAGGCGUUGAUGAUGGGAAAAUCAUUCCAUAUAUCGAUAGAUCCAUCGUUCCUUCAGGACUGGAGCUCAGAUCUCAGAAGAUAUGGCGACCGGGAUGGCCUGAUCUUCUGUCUGAUGUUUUUUAUAGGGCCUCAUCCAAUUUCUCCUUGAACAUGGAGAAAACCCUGAUCUAAGCCGCAUCUCUCUAGAUUUCUAAGUACCUAUUAAGCUUAUUUCUAUUUCUUUCACCUGAUUUUUUCUGGAUAUUUCAUGUUGCUGUUUAUUUUUUUUGCCAUCUGCUCUCCCCGGAUAAAACGUUUUAGGGCCAGUGCGCAGCUGUUCUUCUCCUGUAUCUUUUUUCAAACUUUAUCGUCGACUGGUACCCAGAUUAGGGUUUGCUCAAAGAAUCUCUCUCUCUCCCUCCCUCCCUCCCUCCCCCCCGCCCGAUAAUAUCCCGUUUCAUUUCCGGAUGCGUAGAAAUCUCUCAGGUCUAUUUCAGACGUCGUCCAUGGUGCAAAAACUGCCUCUUUCCUUCUCGCUGCCUUCUGUCUGUGUCUGUGACCUCCGAGGUCUUAGGUUGUCGGAAACGGCUCUUCCAACUGCUGGGUCUUCCUCCGCUCUCUUAAUUUCUUCGAGUUAUCUUUCUCUCUGACCUUCAGAUCAAAUAGCUGGUUCGUCUUCCCGCUGGGUAUUCUCUUCCCCCAGGUCGCCGUCUCCAUCUUCUUCCUCCUACUAACACCGAAGAGUGUUUGCAGUCAUAAUCAUGCCUGAAAUGCUUCUGUGACAGAAGCUAGACUCGACCCAGGCUCAAAAACUCAAGCUUUUCCUACGUGUCUCUCCCUAGCUUCACGUUCUUAUUUUCCAUAAUUAAGUAGAGUGAUACAGCGAGCGAGCGAGCGAGAGAGAGAGAGAGAGAGAGAGAGAGAGAGAGAGAGAGAGAGAGAGAGAGAGAGAGAGAGAGAGAGAGAGAAAUUGUUCAUGCAAUUUUUUUUAUCUGCCAUCAACGUAGUAUUUUAUUUAUUGGAUAUUCUUUUAAUUAAUUGAUGUAUUUAUUUUAUGUUAAAAUUGUUCAUAACCAAGGUUGACCAAUGGAAUCAGGAUUUAGAGGUUUUCUUUUGCAUAGCUCUUUAAUUUACUAGUAUUGUGAAAUUGGCCCCUUUGUUAUUAUUGUGGUCAAUUCAAGCACUAAUGAAAGAAAUCGAAUAUUAUAGAUAUUUAUUUAAUUAAAAAAAUAGAGCUAAUAAUGGUUAAAUACCCCUUGUUAUAACACAAAUAAUAACCUUUUUGUGUCAAUCCUUAUUUUCAUAUCAUUGAAAUAAUUAAGGGUCUAGUUGUCCAUCUUAGUUUGACCUUCAAUAAUAUCUUAGUUUAAUUUGUGGAUAAUGUAAAAUUAUGGUUUGCCCCUCUUGGGAUUCACAAAUAAAGGAUAUUUAUUGUUAUGCCACUGGUAUUUAGUGGAAGGUAUUAGAGAAAAUAUUAAUUCAGCUGAUGCAUGAGAGGAGAUAUUUUCAAAGUGACGCAAUAAAUCAAGUACCAUUAUCAUUGAUUUUAUAUUAUAAUAAUCUAUCAAGAUAAAUCGGUUAAACUUUGGUUAAUAGAGGCUAAUAAAUAGUUCUCUUUGGACGACUAAAAACAAGGUAAAAAUGGAACUUGAAUUAAAUGGAUAUUCUAGACCUCUUCAUAUGGUUUUAAAUCAGACGACUCACAUUUUUCUCUCAUCGAUAUUCUUAUUUUCUUGAAUAUUUGGUCUCAUAAUCCCAUAUUCAUGUCAUUACGGAAUAUUCUGCUUCGAAAAAUUACUGAUUAUUUUAAAUUAUAUAUUUAAUUAAGGAUCUUUCUACUUUUAGAAUGAGAAAAAAAUGGGAUUUAUUAUCAUUUAAAUAGGAUUUAAAUAGGAUUUAUUAUUCCUGUUAACUAGGAAUAAUAUCUUGUCAAGGAGAGUGUAUUAAAAUAUAAUAUUUAAUGGGGAAGCUUCGUGGUUAGGGGAUGCAGAACUUAUCGUUUCAUAUAAACCUGCAUGCUAGUACCGUACGCAUAAAGUCAACCCCGGGGGGUCAACCCUAUUAACUCCAGACUGACACGUAUGUCUACAUAGCUGCAGCAUGCUCAAGACGCUCGAAAAGUACCAGAAAUGCAGCUACCCUGUUCCAGACGCCAUCGUUCCGUCCAAGGAGACCCAGGUGAGAAGAACGCUCUCUCUCUCUCUCUAGCUUUUGACGAUGAGUCGGCAAGUUUUUAAAAGAGCAUCUGCUGUUUUUUUCGACUCGACCAGAGCAGUUACCAGGAGUACCUGAAGCUCAAAGGAAGAGUGGAGGCUCUGCAACGUUCCCACAGGUAACCUCUCUCUCUCUCUCUCUCUCUCUCUCUCUCUCUCUCUCUCUCAUGGUUUCUUCAACGUAGUAAGAAUCUACUCUACGGGGUACCACAGGAACCUUCUGGGGGAGGACCUUGGUUCUUUGAACACGAGGGAGCUGGAGCAGCUGGAGAACCAGCUGGACGCUUCUCUGAAGCACGUCAGGUCAACUAAGGUAGCCUCUUUCUCACCGACCGACAGAAACCUCUCCAGUCAUUCUCAUCAUCGAAGAAAGAUUCCGUCUUGAGAAGAAGAAGAAGAUUAAUUAGCUCCUGCAGAUGCCAUCUCUGCGCUCUUUCUCUUAUAUUUCCUCUUCUUUUUCCAAUCAUUUUAUCUAAACGAUGUGAUCUGUUCUUGCUUCUACGAAUCUCACGGCAGACUCAACUGAUGCUGGACCAACUCUGCGAUCUCAGGAGGAAGGUGAGAUGACGUUUAGGGGUUUAAGCCCCGCUCCUCCUUCGAAAUUGCUGGAGAACUCCUACUGAUUAGACGUUUUUCUGACGUGGGUCCGUCUCAUCCUCCUGCAGGAACAGAUGCUGCAGGAGUCAAACCGCAUCCUGAGGCAGAAGGUGACCGACCUCAACUCCGUACCGGCGUUGACAUCACCCACCAGCGGAGACCAUCUCACCUCGUCCCUUGUCGGCUUCUCUUCUCCUCGCAGUUGCAGGAGGUGGGCCCGGAGAAUCCCCUGCAGCUUUCCUGGGGCAACAACGGCGGCGGCGGCGGCGGCGGCCCGAGCACCACCCCCUACGGCCGCCAACCCGUCCCCCCGACGGAGGGUCUCCUCCAGCCCCUCGGAUUCGACGGCCCGCUCCAGAUCGGCUGGUACGGCUCUAAUUCUCUUCUUCUUCUUCUCUUCUCCUCGUUCUCUUUCUUCGAUCUGCUUCUUCUUCUUCUUCUUCUUCUUCUCGUUCUUCUCCUUGUUCUUUUUCUUCGAUCUGCUUCUUCUUCUUCUUCUUCUUCUUCUAUUUCCUCCCGCCAUUCCGCAGGUAUCCAGUGGCGAACGUUGACCAACUGAACCCCGGCGAGCUGUCGCAGAACGUCAACGGAGGAUUCGUCGGGGGCUGGAUGGGAUGA